GGCUCAGGGUCAGGAAGUGGGACACUAGGGCCCAGGAACACGGGAAGCUGCGCCGAAGGGUCCAGGCAGGAGUCCUACAGUGGUGGGGCGCUCUGGCUGUCUCUUUCUCAUUUGUCCAGAGCCUUAUGUAAGUGUUUCUGGGGAAACAGGAAGUCCCGCUUGCCAAGUUCAGCAGAGAGAGUAGUGCAGGCCUUCUUCCAACACACCCGGCCUGGCCUUAACCCCGGAACUCAGCCAGUUCCUUGCUUCCCCGACCCUGGUUCUCCUCCCCACUGACCCCCUCUCCUCCCCUCCUCUUCCCACCUUCAGUCACCGUCAGCAGACUGCCCCGGAGAUUUCACCUGUGCCUGGGCGCGAGGGUCUUCCACUCUCAGCCCUUGACCCUCGGUGCUGCCCAGCACGUCUCUCCAUCCCGGCUCCUGGCACCAUGCCCCAGAGCCAGUCAACCUUCCCUCCCCCACUUCUGGGGCCGCCCCGGGGUUCCUGCGCUCUGGCCGCUCCUCCUGGGUGUCACUGGCAGCCCUGUCCUUCCUAGAGAGACUAACACCAAAUUCUUCUGAGGCUGGAGGAGGUGAGGGGUCUCGGGACAGUGCUGGCCCCGCAGCAGGGUGCCAAGAGCACCAGCAGUGCCCCAGCUUGCUUCCCGCCUCCCUUCUUUUUAUUCUCAAGUUCCUUUUUAUUCCUCCCUUGCGUAACGCCCUUCUUCCCUUCUGCACCACUGCCUGCACCCCUACCCUCCCCGUCACCUCCUUGCCAUCCCACUCCUGAGACCACAGCUGUUGGCAGGGUCCCCAGCUCAUGCCAGCCUCAUCUCCUUCCUUGCUAAGCCCCAAGGGGCCCCAGGGAGACAUGGGGGGCUCCGUCCGAGAGCCGGCGCUCUCAGUUGCCCUCUGGUUGAGUUGGGGGGCAGCUCUGGGGGCUGUGGCUUGUGCCAUGGUUCUGCUGACCCAACAAACCGAGCUGCAGACCUUAAGGAGAGAGGUGACCCGGCUGCAGAGGAACGGAGGGCCCUCCGAGAAGGGGGAAGGGAAUCCGUGGCUGAAUCUCCAGGAGCAGAGCCCUGAUGGCACAGAAGGCCAGGAGAAUGGGGAGAGAUCCCGGAGAAGGAGAGCAGUGCUCACCCGUAAACAGAAGAAGAAGCGCUCAGUUCUGCACCUCGUUCCCAUUAACAUCACCUCCAAGGAGGACUCCGAUGUGACAGAGGUGAUGUGGCAACCAGCUCUCCAGCGUGGGCGAGGCUUGGAGGCCCAAGGAUAUGUUGUUCGAGUCUGGGAUGCUGGAGUUUAUCUGCUGUACAGCCAGGUCCUGUUUCAUGAUGAGACUUUCACCAUGGGUCAGAUGGUAUCUCGGGAGGGACAAGGAAGGCAGGAGACUCUAUUCCGAUGCAUACAAAGCAUGCCCUCCAACCCUGACUGGGCCUACAACAGCUGCUACAGUGCAGGCUAUUGGAAGAUGAAAGAGACUAUACAAGGGACCGGGUCUUGGGGGCCUGAGCCUCCUGGACCCGGCAUAGCCCCAGCUUUUUCAAGUCCCAGGCGGGAGCGUCUUCGUUGGCCCCCACCCCCCAAACCCCGACUCAAAUCAGGUGGAGGGUUUGGGCCAGACCCUGGGUCAGGGACCACAGUGCCAACCAGACGCCUCCCUGUCCCUCGGCCCUCUUUUGAUGCCUCAGCUAGUGAAGAGGAGGAGGAAGAAGAGGACGACGAAGAUGAAGAUGAGGAGGAGGAAGUAGCAGCUUGGAGGCUGCCCCCAAGAUGGGGUCAGCUGGGAGCUUCCCAGAGGCCGCGCCCUCCCCGCCCUACUCAUCGGAAAACCUGUUCACAGCGCCGUCGCAGAGCUAUGAGAGCCUUCCGGAUGCUGCUCUACUCAAAAAGCACCUCGCUGACAUUCCACUGGAAGCUUUGGGGGCGCCACCGGGGCCGGCGGCGGAACCUCCCACACCCCAAGAACCAUCUUUCACCCCGGGAAGGGGCCGUGACACCACAGGUGCCAUCCCCUUGCUGUCGUUUUGACUCCCCCCGGGGACCACCUCCACCCCGGCUGGGUCUGUUAGGUGCUCUCAUGGCUGAGGAUGGGGUGAGAGGAUCUCCACCAGUGCCCUCUGGGGCCCCCAUGGAGGAAGAUGGAUUAAGGUGGACUCCAAAGUCUCCUCUGGGCCCUGACUCCGGUCUCCUCUCUUGUACUCUGCCCAAUGGCUUUGGGGGACCACCUGGGCCAGAAGGAGAGCGAAGUCUGGCACCCCCUGAUGCCAGCAUCCUCAUCAGCAACGUGUGCAGCAUCGGGGACCACGUGGCCCAGGAGCUUUUUCAGGGCUCAGAUGUGGGCACUGCAGAAGAGGCCGAGCGGCCUGGGGAGAAAGCUGGCCAGCACAGCCCUCUGCGGGAGGAGCAUGUCACCUGUGUGCAGAGCAUCUUGGAUGAAUUCCUUCAGACUUAUGGCAGCCUCAUCCCCCUCAGCACUGAUGAGGUAGUGGAGAAACUAGAGGACAUUUUCCAGCAGGAAUUUUCUGCACCUUCCAGGAAGGGCCUGGUGCUGCAGUUGAUCCAGUCAUACCAACGGAUGCCAGGCAAUGCCAUGGUGAGGGGCUUCCGAGUCACCUAUAAGCGGCAUGUGCUGACCAUGGAUGACCUGGGGACUUUGUAUGGACAGAACUGGCUCAAUGACCAGGUGAUGAACAUGUACGGAGACCUGGUCAUGGAUACAGUCCCUGAAAAGGUGCAUUUCUUCAACAGUUUCUUCUAUGAUAAACUCCGUACCAAAGGUUAUGAUGGGGUGAAAAGGUGGACCAAAAACGUGGACAUCUUCAAUAAAGAGCUCCUGCUAAUCCCCAUCCACCUGGAGGUGCAUUGGUCCCUCAUCUCUGUUGACGUGAGGCGGCGCACCAUCACUUAUUUUGAUUCGCAGCGCACCCUGAACCGCCGCUGCCCUAAGCAUAUUGCCAAGUAUCUGCAGGCAGAGGCAGUGAAGAAAGACCGGCUGGAUUUCCACCAGGGCUGGAAAGGUUACUUCAAAAUGAAUGUGGCCAGGCAGAAUAAUGACAGUGACUGUGGCGCCUUUGUGUUGCAGUAUUGCAAGCACCUGGCCCUGUCUCAGCCAUUCAGCUUCACUCAGCAGGACAUGCCCAAACUUCGUCGGCAGAUCUACAAGGAGCUGUGUCACUGCAAACUCACUGUGUGAGCCUCGUAUCCCAGGCCUCAAGCCCAUUCGUUAAUGAGCAGGGGAACAUGGGAGACUCUUCUCAAGAAACUCAAGUUCCUUUUGUCUUUAGCCUCUUUCCACCCUGUUCCCUUUGGUUUUUCAUAUUUAAAUGUUUUGAUUUCUGUAUUUUUUUUCCCUUUGAGAGAAUACUUGUUGAUAUCUGAUGUUCAAGGGGUGGCCAUGGAAAAUCCCCUAUUUCCCGCUGUCUGCAAGGGAGUAUGGCCUUGUGGCCUGGGUGGGGCAGUCAUCUCCCUUCCAUGUGCAGGGCGGGGGUGGGGGGCAGAAAAAUCUAGGGGUGGUGGGCGGGCAAUGGGAUUACUGCCUGCCAAAUCGUCAAACAUUUUUUAUAUAUAUAUAUAAAUGCCACGGUCCUCCUCUGUCAAUAAAGGAUCCUUUGGAGAUA